UAUGAUAUUAGUACAGAAGAAUCUAACAAUUUCAACAAUUCUAACAAUUCCAACAAUGAAGUCUUGAAAAUAAUUUCAGAAGUCACUGAUAUGACAAUAGAUAGUGAAGAUAAUGAAAACAGUGAAUAUAAUAAAUAUAGUAAAAAUAGUGAAGAUAGUGUAGAUAGUGAAAGACAAGAAGAAAUGAUGUCAAGUUUCAAAAUGAGAGAAAAUUCACAAGAUCUUUAA